UGAUUUUAUGCUCAAUAUUAUCAAAAUAAACACAGCUCGAAAUACCUCACUUGAUAUUUCGCUGCGAAGAUGAUUGUGUGUACGUCAUGCUGCUAUUACUUUGACCUGCGUUGGGGCUGCAUUGUGUCUGGAGCCCUAAUGAUCGUGUACUACCCGUUCGUGGCAUAUCUGCUGUUCGCUGAGCUCGCGGAAGUGGAAACAGAACUCCAUGAAAGCAUUGACGGUAGUGUGGAAACUCAAGGAUUUUGGAUACUGGGCUUUACCUACAGCAUAAUGGCUGUGCUCAGUUUUGUCCUGCUCCUUGCUGGCCUGCUGAAUUCCUCCUGGCUAUGUCUGGUGUACCUACUGGCACACAUACCACCGUUCUUGGUGAAUUCCUUCUAUCUUUUCGUGUCCAUUCUCUACGACAUUGAUCUGGAAAUGUUCAUAAUUUAUGCAGUUCCCCAGAUUUUAGUGAUCUACAUCGAUCUGGUGGCAUAUUCCUUUCUGGACGAGAGGAGGAUCAUUACCGCAAACCGCAAAUAUAAGAAACCUCAAAUCAAAGUAAUAGAAUAUUAAAGUGUUCUUUUUGGUUGCCAUUAGGGCAUUGCCAUAAACCAGUUGGCGAAUUCCCUUGGCGUGGCGUACGAUAAAAAAAACUUACCAAAAUAUAUACUAAAUGCUUUUUCCGGUAGAAUACACUGACAACAGCGAUAAGGUCCGUGGCUCUGCCUGCAGAGAGAGAAAGAAACAUGUCAAGAAAUAAAAACCAAAAUGAUUUAUCAUAAUGGGUGUUUGGAGUCUGAAUCGGGAUCGGAAUCAGAGUCUGUGUGCUCCCAGCGGCGUUGCCUAAACGGGCGAUAACGAUGUCCGAGAAGACCACAACCGACAAUCGACGACGACGACGACGAUGAUGAUGAUGAUGACGACGACGACUGAGAACGGUGGUGCCUCUGGAUGGUUGUCCUCGACCGGGCCGAAAUGUCAACUCUUCAUAUAAAAAUUAACGAAAUAUAAAUUAAAAAAUAUUCCCUACCUCCACCGCUGGGCGAUGAA